AUGGAGUUUAUUAUCUUUGGCUUUCCGAGUCUUCAAAGUUUCAGUACUAUCCUUUUCUGUGUAUUUCUCUUUAUCUACCUUUUCACUGUCACUGGAAAUUGCACCAUAUUUCUCCUCAUUAUUCUGGAUCAAAAACUUCACACUCCAAUGUAUUUCUUUGUCAGCAAUCUCUCAUUCUUGGACAUGAGUUCCACCACAGUGACCAUCCCCAAGAUGCUUAGCAAAUUCUCAAUGCACAAUGAUGUGAUCUCUUUUCUGGGCUGCUUCCUUCAGAUGUAUUUCUUUGUUGUUUGUCAAGCAUCUGCGUGUUUUCUCCUGACUGUUAUGGCCUAUGAUCGCUAUGUGGCCAUUUGUUCUCCCCUCCAUUACCAUAACAUCAUGGUCAGACAGCUGUAUAUUAGCCUAGCUUUGACAUCAUGGAUAUUAGGCUUUGCAAGUCCAAUUGCAAUGAUCAUACUGGCUAUUAGGUUACCUUUUUGUGGUCCAAAUAUCAUUCACCAUUACUAUUGUGACCACCCACCAUUGCUUCAGUUAGCUUGUGCUGACACCUCGCUCAAUGUGGUAGUAGGUUCCUCACUUAGUGCCGUUAUACUUUUGUUAUGCUUCUCCUUAAUUGUGAUGUCCUAUGUUCAGAUUAUCAGGUCUGUGCUCAACAUAGCAUCAUCCAAAGGACGUAGGAAAACGUUUUCCACCUGUGCCUCUCAUUUUGUGGUGGUGAACAUGUUCUACUUACCUUUGAUUUUCAUGUAUGUUCGGCCAACUGCUUCUUACUCAGCUGAUAUAGACUCUCUGGUGGCUAUGUUCUACACGGUAUUGACACCUAUGCUAAACCCCAUUGUAUAUAGCUUACGGAAUAAAGAUAUUAAGGAUGCUUUUAGAAAAAAAGUAUGUUGUAUUGUACCUAAUGUGUGUAAAUAA